AUGUUCGCCUCGACUGGCUCCAGUGAUCCAAUGGCUUAUAAUAUAAUUUCAUAUGCCUGCAGAAAUGCCAUGCUUGUGGCUAGUUUUGUAGCAGGUUGUAUACCGCUUUCAACCAAACUAUCCGAUGCCAAACUCAAUUUUUUGACUUCACUUAGUGUGGGUCUACUCAUUUCAACAAGUUUAGUUGUCAUCAUACCCGAGGGUGUCGAAACCUUAUAUAAUAACAGCAUAGAUUCAGAAGUUGUCAAGUCAACUACUGCCAACCACUCUGCGGUGGGCAUGUCCUUAUUGUUCGGAUUCGCCGUCAUGUUUGUCAUCGAUCAAGUGAGUUCAAUGCAUGUCCAUCAACCGAAACGAAUCGUAAAUACCGAGAUAGACGCACUAGAAACCACAAAUCACAAGGAAACACUAGUGACACCGACCAUUGGACUUAUUGUACAUGCAGCAGCUGAUGGCAUUGCGCUGGGAGCUUCGGCCACUCAUCCCCAACUGUCGAUGGUGGUCUUUUUCGCCAUUAUGCUUCACAAGGCACCUUCGAGUUUCGCCUUGACAACAGUUUUGUUAAGCGAAGGACUUUCGAGGACAACCGUAAGGCGACAUUUACUACUUUUUUCGAUGUCUGCACCAGCUGGUGCUAUCUCGACUUAUCUAUUAUUGCAGCUAUUCUCUGUGGACAAUAGUUGGAAUUUAGAGUAUUGGACGGGUAUUCUUUUAUUGUUUUCAGGCGGCACCUUUUUAUAUGUGGCGAUGCAUGCCAUUCAAGAAUUACAAUCAAAUACAUCCAAAGUCGAUUAUCAUCAGCUAGGCUCAAUCCUGGUUGGCAUGUUGAUUCCCUUUGUCUUAAAUUUCAAUCAUUCCCAUUAA